AUGAAUAAACUUCUUCUACCGCUAGUCGGCGUCCUCUCGCUGCUCAGCUUAACACAUGCUCUUAUACAAACACAACCAGUGCUUCAAGAUCUACAAAUAGCAGAUAGCUAUACCAAGACCAAGGAAUGUACGGACCCAGAUCAUUGGUUCCUUAUAGAAGGUCAGCUGCUCAUUCCCAAGGGUAGUUCAAGCAGUAUAUCAUUUCAAGUACCUAAGGAAUUUGGGUCGUUCCCUCAAGAGUCUUUCGCUGUGGAAUAUAAUUCCAACAAGGUUGCCACGGUAUCGUGUCCAGACCAGUCAACGAACAACUUUACGAUUUCUGUCCUGGACAACACUCUAGAAGAACUAAACACAACAUUCAAUUUUCUAGCACAGCUUACCCCAGACGCCAAGUCUGGAAUUAUAAACCCAAAAACCAUUGCAUACAGUUUCUACUCAUCUGAAGGUGAUGUGUUUAACGACAGCAUCAACUAUGCCGCUAAGAACAUAUCUGCCGUAACAACGGAUGGUGGCAUAUACACAACAAAUAACACUGCAUGGUUUACUGUUGAUCUACCAAUGUCAACUUUCUUACACCACGUCUUUUUAACUUCUCAACCCUCUUCUUCGUCCGAUUAUGCAUUUGAUACUGCGUUGACCACGUUCGAAGUUGUCACUGCCGUUGAUUCCUUCAACGAACCUGUCAAAUCUGUCCCAUUUACGGCCGUUCAUGAUUACUCGACUGAAGAUGAAAUUAAAUGCUUAUUUAAUUCGACAAUCAGUGGCGGUCUAUACUUGCGUGUUACUUACUACACCAAGGAGCUGUCCGGUUCUUCCAUUUCUAACACGAUUGACUUAAGCUAUCCUGACGUAAGCUCGUCCAGUAAUAUUUUGACAAAGAGAGAUUCUGCAGUCACCAUGGAUUCAGAACUGUUUUCAGAGUCAACGGCUAAUGUCGGUUCUGCUACUAAUGAUGAAUCAACGACUUCAAAUUCUGCUCUAACCCCAACGUAUUCAAAUACAACCCUUUCUUCUUACACUUCACAAUCCUUAACUACAUCUGCAGUGGAAACUGCUGCGUCCUCGAGUAGCCAGGUCUCUAUUUCUACAAGUGACAAUUCCAGCGCUUUGGGAGACGCAUCUUCAUCCGUUACCACCAUAUCCACUCCUAAUUCCAUGCAAAGCAAUAAACAAACUUCAUCUAAUACGCCUUCAGUCUCGACAAGCACUUUUUCUGCUUCUUCAUCAGCCGUAUCUGGUUCAAUAGCAAGCUUUAGUUUGGGUCCCUCUUCAUCAUAUGACGCAAAUUAUGCCUCCACAACUGUUCUUGCAGCGGCUUCUUCAAAUUCAACUUUGUCCACGUCUUCAUCGUCCGCUCAUCAUGUUACCACAAUUCCAACUGGAGCAAAUAUAACAGUUUCCCAAGCCACGUCAACUAGUCAAUCUAUUGCAGAACUUUUACGCGUCGCUAACAAUUCGUCUGCUACUCAAUCUGAUACCAGUGCCCUAUACGCUUUGAGCUCAACAGUCGCUGCAUCUUCUUCAGCUACCGGUUCUUCGUUCGGUUUCAACUCCACGGCUGCCCCAGCUUUAACAGCUUCUCAAUCCGCCUCUGGUGCCUCGUCCAUUUCCAACUUCACGGUUGCUGCAGUUUCAGCAACUACUCAAUCUACUAUCGCUGCUUCAUACGUGGUCAACUCUACUGUUACAGAAUCCGCUACUAGCGUUUCACACGCUGUAAGCUCGAUAGUCGCAGCAGCACCUGCAUACGCUUCCAACUCUACAUCAAACCAUGUAUUUCCUUCCGCCUCUAGUGUUUAUUCAAUCAAUAGCGCUACAAAUUCCAGUUCAUCUUCUGGCCCAUUAGUUUCAAACAAAACAGUUGAAUCUGGGUCUUAUAGAUUGAGUACCACAACAGAGUCUGCCCAGCUUACUGAAGUUGGCAGUUUGAUAGCAAUUAGCACAAUCAAAACUAUGACCUCCGCGGCCCCUACAGAUAGGAUUGGUAAUCAUAGUGUGAUUUCUUCCACAGAAUCCGCCCGAGCUACGACAUAUAGUAAUUUAGUUUCGGCGUCUACAAUCAACACUAAGGCUAUCGCUGCUGCCACUGAAAGAAAUGGUACUUCUAGUUUGAAUACCUUUACAGAAUUAUCUCAAACCACAAAAGGUAAUAGUUUGAUGUCAGUAUCUACAACUAACACUAAAUAUACCGCGGUUGCUACUGGAGGAAACGGCACUUCUGUUUUUAGCGCCUUUACUGAGCCUACUAAAGUUACCGCUGCAGCAACUGACAGAAAUCGUACUUACAGCUUAACAUCAUCCACAGAAUCAGCUCAAGUUACUGAAUAUAGUAGCCUGCUUCCAAUUUCCACGUUACAAAAAUCUACUACCAUCACCAGUACUGGCAAAAAUGGUACCUAUAGUUCUACCGCAUAUACUAAAUCCGCUCAAGCCACUGAACAUAGUAGUUUGAUCUCGGUCAUUAGAACUAAAGGGCUUAAAGUGUCUACUUCCACAGAUAAAAGUGUGGUAGUUGGCUAUAGUACAUCUGUCGGUGAUGCUCAAUAUGCCGAACAUACUAGCUUGGUCGCAGUUUCUAC